CAUACAUCUUUUAAAAAAAAAGUUCUAGGGCACCUUUAAUGUAGAAAUUAUAUUAUUUCACCACAGGAUCAAAACAAAGCCCUUCAAAUGAUGAAGCUACAGAAGCUUUGCUGAAGAAAGGAAGUGAAGCUCUUUGUGGUUUAGUGUCUCUGCAUUUAAACCUGCAGUUUGAUCAAAGCUGUUACGAACGAAAGACAAUGGAGAAGAUCUUGUUCUUUUGUGUUUUUUUGUACAGGAUUCUUCAGAUCACUUCUAGCGAUGUUUCAGGACAUAAUGUGACUCUGUUAAGAUUCCAGCUGAACGGAAACAUCAGUCUGAAUUGCAGCGUGACCAGCAGACAUGACAUGGCCUGGUAUCGCCAGGAUCCUGAUUCUGGACAAAUAAAGAUAAUGGUGUGGUCGUACUACGGAAUCAUAGGGAUAGAAGAGCCAGACAUUCAUAUCACAGUUAAAUCAGAUAGUGGGAGCAACACUGCAUCUCUAGUUAUUGAAAAUCUAACAGAGUCAGAUUCGGGUCUUUAUUUCUGUGGAACAAGAACAGAGAAUCAAGACAGGCACUUUCACAAACCCAUCAGACUACAGCUCGAGGACAAAGUUCAUUCUGUCACAGAACCGCCAGAAGAUGUUGAGAUCACAGAUGGGCUGACGAUGCUAGAACGUGUGCUGAUAUUCAGUGGUGUUGGACUCGCUGCUUUUGCGUUUUUUCUGACUACAGUCGUCACAGGACGAAACAUUCACCAUCACGGCUGGCAGAAAGGAUGGGCCGCAGCAAAACGUGCUGGUCUGACUGAUCAAAAUUCACCUAAAUGACAUUUAUUUCACACUCUAUCCCAAUAAUCAGCAUUUUUGUAUGUUACCACCAAUGUGGCACACCAUUGUGACUCAGAUGUGGUUCUGGUGGCCAGAUCUUCUGUUGUGGCAAAGCUCUAGAGCAACAUUAAUACGUGCGUAUAAGCUGAGUUCAAGAGAAAAUAUAAAUACAAUCUGUUUAAUGACACAUAAAACUUGUUUAAAUAAAAUGUCUUCAAUGUUAAAUGUGUUGUUUAGAGUUCUGAUUAAAUAAACAGCUGUAAAACUAAGAAAUCACACGUGUUGUGCAUUUUCUGACAGAAAACCUGAUCAUUACUAAUGCUAAUGAUGUCAGAUCUGACUAUUUUAGAAAAACAAAAUUCUUUUGAAUUCUUUUGAACAAUCAUGAUUUCCUGACUGACUGGAAUAAGAUCAUGUGACUAAAACCACAAAAAUAUGAAGUGAAAAUGAACCGACUGUCACUGACAAGAAAAGCAUCACUCAUUCAGGGGCUGAAGAACUUUUAGGUUUGGGGUGCUAUGUAUGUUGGAGUGGGGAAGUAGAUUAAGCCUUUAAAUAAAAGGGUUAUUGAGUUGUUGUUUACAUGAAAGCAAGAUCACACUUAGUUGAAACUGUAAUAAUAUUGGCAAACCAGAUUUCUCAAACGAUCCAGUGCGUAUGUGUGUUUGCACUCUGGA